AUGACGUUCCAGUUCUCUAGGCUCGUCCCUCCCGCUGCGGGUUCAACUAACCAACGCCAACGCCAGCGCCUGCGCCGCCGCCAGUCGCAGCAGGUCCGGGCUUCGUCUCCAGCACUGGCAUCUUCCUCCGCAUCAACACCGACAUCUCCACGAACCCGCAAUACCAACAAUAAUACAAACUUAUCCUCGACGCCAGUUUCCGCAUCUACGACUCAUGACCUCUCCAUGUCGAGUUCAGAGCCUGUGGACGGGCCUAGCACAAAUGCCACCAUUAUAAGUCUCACCAAAAAGUUCAGAACUCUUGGACGGCUCAGCCCAUGGGUGAAGUCUGGGGAGCUACGAACGCCCCCUGAAGAGUCCUACAUCUGCGACACCUGCCUGCGCCUCGAUCUCCGAGUCGAAUCGUUCUGUGUACAGCCCGGGGACAAUGAGUAUGAGAGACAGCACAAAUUCAGAUACCUAGGGAGACUCUCGCAGAUACGAAGGAAAACACACUGCCCCUUUUGUCGACUUAUACUCGCCAUAGCAGAUCGACCAUUUGACCAGAGAACUCCAUCACUCCAUGCGGAUGACGACCCAGUAUGUUAUGCAAGAUGGGUGGUAGACGGGCAGGAAGACGUAGGGCCGGACCCUGCCAGACCUGGAGAACAUAUAUUCAGACCAAAGACACGUCGUUUGCUGAUCUACAGCGAGCCCCAGGCCUUCAAGGACGGCUACAUUGUGCUAUUGGCCGAUGAUGCACCUAGCCGGGAGUUCUUUGGGCGUCGAAUAACAUCCCCCGACCUCCUCGAUGCUGAGGUCCUUCGAAGAUGGAUCCAUGUCUGCGAGUCGACCCAUGGAGAGGAGUGCGAAGAAUCGUUGGUGCAUCCAGAUCUACUGGGGAAGCCCAAGAAUGUCUUUCGGGCCAUUGAUGUGAAUAAUAUGUGCAUCGUGUCGGUACCUCAGUCCUCAAGAUACGUUGCCCUGAGUUAUCUGUGGGGCAAGAAUUUCAUUCAGCUUUUCACCACAUCCAAAAAUCUACCAAAGUUAUCCCAACCCGGAGCAUUGGAAAAGGAGAAACUCCCUCGAACCAUCAAGGACGCCAUCAGACUCACCAAGAUGCUCGGAGAGAGAUAUUUGUGGACCGACAGUCUAGCACUACUACAUGAUGAUGGGUUCCAGUACCAUGAUGACUGGGUCUACGCAAGAGCUACGGUGACGGUCGUUGCUGGCUCAGGAAAGGAUGCCAAUGCAGGCUUACCAGGCGUGAGAAAGGAGUCUCGAACUUUCCACCAGGAUAUCGAGGAAGUCAAACCGGGGCUGCGCCUGAUGGUAUCGCAUCUGGCAGAGGAUUACAUCUCCACUUCACAGUGGGACUCCCGGGCGUGGACGUUCCAAGAGAGAAUGUUGUCGCGACGGUGUCUGUUGUUCGUAAACGGACGAAUAUACUACCAGUGUCGACGGACGACUUUUUGCGAGGACAUAGAAAUGCCCAAAGGUAAUGGUUGGUCAUUGGACUCGAUUGAUAUGCCCACCAGGAUAUUCCGAGAAAGGCCUUUUGUACAAUACACAUCGGCAGUCGAGCUGUAUACACGUCGGGAACUCACAAACCCAGCCGACAUCCUGCAUGCCUUUGAAGGGGUUCAACUGGUGCUGGAAAAACGAAUCGGCGCCAAUAUAUACUACGGUCUUUUGGAGACCAUGAUGGAUUCAUCAUUGACGUGGGAGUCCAACAAGAGACUGCUGCGACGUCCAGGGUUUCCCAGUUGGUCCUGGGCAGGAUGGGUCGGGGAAAUACAGUGGAAGUAUACCGAACCUGCACGGUCAUGGAUCGAAUGGCAUGCCGAUCAAGCCGAUGGCAUCCACACAUUUCCCAGACAAACAUUGGAACGAAUACCUCCACCGAUCGAAAGAGCUGGGGAUGAUCAGCCCAUGUCGAGUCACAAUCUGAGCAAAACAAUCCCGCUGUUACAUUUCCGGACCGUUACAGCCCAUUUCGCCCUUACCUCUCCCGCGCUCAUCCAUAAAUCGGUCAUCUCCCCUCUGAGAAAGCGGCUUACUGGACCCAGCGCCCUCUCGACUGUCAGACCAGCCCCGGCCGACCCAGGUCUCAUCCGAGUUGGAAUAGCAGACAAGAACGGGCUCUGGUGUGGGACAAUCGAUCUCGAUCUGACCUGGAUGAAUCGCGCGGGCCGAAGUUUUGAAUUUUUGAUCAUGUCCAAAGUUAGCCGGUUUACCGAUGACGAACUUAACAUUUGGGAAGGCACUUUGCCUGAUGAUGUCGAGGACAUUUUAACAGGGCGAAAUUAUGGCGUUUACAAUGUCAUGUUGGUGUCGAAACGAGCUGGCAUCUACUAUCGGGAAGGGUUGGGAAGGAUAUUGGCCGAGAGUCUGACGAGGGUUCUGGAGCCUGGGCCAGAAUGGAAGGAUAUAGUACUUGGAUGA